AUGGUGUUCCAAAAAGAUGGCAAACGAGAAGAAGUCAAGGCACAGGUUAAGUUACGGUUUUUCGCUGCUAAUCGGACUCGCAUGCUGGCCGUCCGUAAUCUGGCUGUUACGGUGACCAAAGCAAAAAUGACCAUGAAAACUCUUGAAGGAAUAUUAGCAACGUCAGAUGGUGCUAAAGACAAUAAUAAGAAAAUGUCAUCUUUUGUCAUCAAGAAGAUAGUUACUGGCCACUUGCGGAAGCUUCGGUUCUCAAAAAAAUUCGACGAUAUUUUUGAAGCUACACGAUACACCAAAGCUCUUGAUAACAUCAAAUCGCUGAGGAAGGAGCGGGUUGCAGAUCUAAAAGACAAAGAACGGUUGCAUAGUUUGGGUCUGGAGAAGGCACACGCUGAUAGGCUCAAAUCUAAGAUAGACGAACUUACUAACCAGGUUGCAGAGAAGACUCAGGAGUCAGAGGAACAGAGGCUGGCUUGGACCUCAAGUUGCGGCUACACGAAGUUCUAUGACUCCGCUACUCGGUUCCAGCAAAUAUUUCUAAAAGUGGAGCAUUUGGAAGAGCGCCGAUCCCAGGUUAUCCUGAACAUGGAGGAAUUGAAGAAAACGGUGACGCUUGUAGAUGACCCAACGGAUGUGUUGAAGUCCAAAGUGGACAAUUAUGACGCCCAUUGCGCCAACCAGCGGACCAAACGAGCCACUAAAGCCACCGAAUUGCUUCAGGAAGAGGAUAGCCUCGCCGAGGCUCGUCAAGAUCACCAAGAAGCAGUUAAUAUGUGUGGUGAAAUGCGGGGACAGGCAAAAAACCACGAACAAAACAUUAUUCAAAGAGAUACAGAAAUCAACAAUAUUGGCACCAAAUAUGGGAUUCGGCCCAAUACAAGCGCCAACGGAUCUCUGGAUAGAGAUUCGGUUGUAGAGUUCAAUGCCAGACUGGGAGAGAUGGCUCGAGCACAGGCACUUGAGCUGGAGCGUUUACAGGUAUAUAUCCCGCGCUCAGUUUCCUGCGAUAUAUUAACUGCUCAACCCUGCAGAAUGAAUACGAGGUUAAAAGUAACGAAUACCAAAGCAGAAAACAGAGCUGCAAACCGAAGAAAUGCUCUAAAGCAUGAAAAGGAAACUCUGAAGACGCAAAUGCAACGGAACCGUAGUCAGAUAUCCACCGCUGAGACGUCGCUUGACACCCUUCGACUGCUCGAAACCGAGUUGAAACUAGCAGCAAGUGCCGUACUAGAUGCAUACGACCGAUUGUCAGCUGCAAAAGCUGCCGCCCAGGAAUCUUCAUUUGAAUCUCAAAUUGCGGAGCGCACUAAUGCCCUCGGAAUAAAGACCGACGAACGUGAGCGUCUUCAGCAAAAGUUAGCUGACCUACAAAGCCAGGCCGAGACGAGGGCUAAGCUUGGAUUAAAACGGGCCGAUUUCUCGCGCAAGCAAGCUGAAAUUGAUACCAUUAUCGGUAUCCAUAAUGAACGCUUCAAGGCUAUUCUAGGGACCGAUGCAGAAGCUGACACCAUGGAACGGGACGUAGAUCAAGCCUUGAUUAUCAAGGAUAAAGAAAUAGCUCGCCUUGAGGCCGAUGCCAGUGCAGCCAGUCGCGAAAUGCACUCGGUAGAGUCUGCCCUCACAUCGUACAGAGAACAAAUACGCAAGAAAGAGGCAGAACUCAAAGCGCUGGAGCAACGCAUAAAGUCUGGCCUAGCAGACUCUGAACACUCGACUGUUGGCCCUGCGAUCAAGGCGGCUCAGGCAGAGCUUGACAACUGGCUCGAAGAGAUAGGUCAGCAUGAAGGCGCAGGUCAUUUCUACUCCAAAAUCCUCAAGGAUGGGAAAACUCACAAAAAAUGUGUUAUUUGCAACCGCAAGAUGGAUGAGGAUCAACUUAUUGAGUUUGAAAAAACUGUUGGUGGCCAUAUUCAAAAGCGCGACACUAAACUGCAGGCGCUUUUGCCUGUGGAGGAGACUCGGGACAAAUUGCGAGAUGAAGAAUUACCCACAAUGCAAAUACGCGCAGAAGAACUCGAUUCAAAGACAGCCAAGGCGACGGCGGAGGCACAGGAGACCGAAACUGCGGUGAAAGCCGUCAAGUCAUUCAGAAAGAACUGCAGUCUCUCAAAAGCCAAGCAGGUUUCAUCACACGAACCCAGCAGGAGGUUCAAGUCCCUGCAACGUGAAAUUCAGCAGCACGAGCGGGAUCUAGCAGCCACAGGAUCUACACAAACCGCUGAAGAAGUACAAGCUGAAAUCGAUCAAUGCGGGGCACACAUCAAAACUCUAGACCGUGAACGGACAUCCCUGAUGGCUGAACGAGACCGACAGUAUCAAACACUACGAACCCUCGAAAACGAGUAUUCCUCAAGGCAGCUUGAAGAAAGCGAGUUAAAGAAUAGAAUGAAAGACCAGGACUCGAUCACCAAGGAAAUUGAAACGCUUACCAAAGAUAAUCUAGAGGCCAGUGCCAGGCUCAAGGCAAUAGACGGUAAAUUGGCCGGAGCACAGCAACCUCUACAGAGACUAGAACAGGAGCAGAAAAGGUUUCAGUCUGAGCAUAAUUCAACAAUCUCAUUGGUUCUCGACCGUGCGUUAAGACAAUGCGAAACCCGAGUUUCCGAAGCUGCUAUUAGCAUCGCUGAGCUCGAGCAGUCGGUACAGGAACUCCGCGAGGAAUUAGCAGAGAUAGACAGGGAAAUACAUGAAGCGGGGGCCACACUCGCCAAAUUUCGAGAUAACUUGAGUUUGAGGAAGAUGAAACAGGAUAUCGAGAACAUACAAACAGAGAUCGCCCAACACGACUUGGAGCAGGCCGGAGCUGCCAAGGCGCAAUUUGACGAGAGAUAUCAAAUCGAGAAGGACAAGGAGAAUAAAUUACGAUCGAAACAAGCGCGGUUGGCCGGAGAACUUGGGAUACUGAAGAGCCAGCUCAAGAGUUCUAAACAAGAACUUGCCAGUCAAUUCCAAGGCAUUAACGAAAAGUAUACCAAGCAGCUGGUUCAAGUCAAGAUGGCCGAUAUGGCGAACAACGACUUGGAAAAGUAUGCUAAAGCAUUGGAUAAUGCUAUCAUGAAAUACCAUGCGUUGAAGAUGGAAGAGGUUAACGACACCAUGCGUCAUCUUUGGAACAAGACCUACCAAGGCACUGAUAUUGAUGGAAUUAAAAUCGUCUCGGAUCCUGACGGUGGUGGCGCUGGAACUAAAAAAGCAUCAUACAAUUAUCGGGUAGUGAUGAUGAAAGACCAAGUUGAGAUGGACAUGCGUGGCCGCUGUAGCGCUGGCCAGAAGAUGCUUGCUUCCAUUAUCAUCCGGCUGGCCCUGUCUGAUUCAUUUGGCCAGAACUGCGGUAUCCUUGCUCUUGAUGAGCCGACCAACGCUCUUGAUACUGAAAAUAUUGAUGCCCUUGCAAGCAGCUUGGUAGACAUUAUCAACGAGCGAAGGCACUUAAGUAACUUCCAGCUUAUCAUCAUCACCCACGACGAGAGCUUCUUGCGGAAAUUGGGACAGGCCGAAGUGAUGGAGUAUUAUUGGCGUGUAUCACGAGACAGUCGACAGAAAUCCGUAAUUGAGAGGCAACGAUUCAACUGA